AUGGAAGGCAGGAACUACGGCUCAGGUUUUUCAAAUUGGGGUGGCGGAGGGUCUGGAAACAGAGGUUCUGGAAACUUUGAUCUAUUUGGUGGAAAUUAUAAGAAUUCCAUGUCGGGUUACGGGGGCUACGGAGGCGGCAAUUCCAAGAGAGGCCUCUCCGAGUCAUCCAUGCUCCACGAAAAGAUAACACAAGCAGAUGAAGUGAUUGCCAAGAUUAAUCAGCGCUUGGACAUGCUCACUCAGUUGGAGGGUGGCAUGAAAGGUGGCCGAGGUGACAGGUUUGACCAGUUCGAGUCUUUCGACUCGUUCUCCUCCUCCCGAGAUCUCUUCAGAUCCGGUGGCGGUAGCUAUGGUUGUGAUGAUGGCCGUGGUGACAACAUGCUGUUGGGCCAGCGAGGAGGCUCGGGCUUCGGGGGGGGCAUGGGACAAGGAGGGGGAGGUGGCUUUAAUAGCCUCUCCUCCACCUAUGGAAUCGCUAAAAUGCGACAGAAUUUAAGGGAGUCCUUCGGCAGUGACUCUGGCAGGGGAGGAUGGGCAGGUCGUCGUUCCCCCAGAAGGGGCGGAGGUGCCGGGGGUCGAGGGUUUGGGGGCUACAGGUCCGACCCCAUGUCCUUAGGCGGAGGCGGCCGGGGAAGCGGUCCUUCCCCAGGAGGUCGAGGCAAGCUCCCAUCCCUCCUGUCCAACCGCAUGUACCCAGAGGGUGGAGGUUUCCACCCAGGUCCCUCCCAAGGGCCCCGCGACUUUUCCGGGAGGUAUUUUGGAGGGGCCACACGGGUCAGCCGCGCGCGAGGCCGCAGGAAACCCCUCAACAAACUGCCACCAAAGCCACAAAAUGACACCCAGAAGAAGAGAAAGCAGAUGGCCACUCCUGCUGAUGAGCCAGAGAGUAAAAUGAACAAGACCGAAAACACUAAUGCUGAUGCUAAGGUAGUAGAAAAAGAUGACAGCAAGGCAACUAUGACUGCUGCUGCUUCUGCUGAUGCUCAAGAGACUACUGAUGGAGAAUCAGGUUCAGCGAAAAAGGAAGAAAGUGCCGAGGCGGCAGCGGUGGUGGCACAGGACAAACAGCCCACCCCCCGACCUCCAGGCAAGUCUUCAAAAGCGAAAAAGAAGCGGGGCUUUCAGGAGAGGGUGAUGUUUGCAUGCUCCAUCUGCAAGUUCCGAACGUUCUACAAGGAAGAUAUGGAACGUCAUUUGGAGAGUCGCUUCCACAAGGAACACUUCAAAUUCCUUUCGGGCCAGCUGUCCAAGCCGACCACAGACUUCCUACAGGAGUACUUACUGAACAAGUUCCACAAAACUGACCACAUGAUCAAUCAAUUGGAGAACCACAGUGCUGCCAUCUGUCAGAUGUACAGAGACCAGGAUCUCACGAAAGAUCUCGGCAUGGAGCACUUCUUGAAGAAAGUGGAAGCUGCCCAUUGCAGUGCCUGUGACAUCUUCAUUCCAAUGGAGUUUCACCUGAUCCAAAAGCACAUUAAAUCCUACGACCACAACUAUAAUCGCAAGGGAAUGAUGGAGCAGUCUAAGAGAUCCAGCCUGUCAGUUGCACGUAGCAUCCUCAACCACAAAGUCAUUGGAAAGAAGCUGGAGAGCUACCUGAGUGGAGAAAAUCCAUUUGUUGGUAACCAGGAGGGUCAGGGCGCACCCGAAUCAAUGUUGGUGGAAGAAACAGAAGAACAACCGGCCGUCACGGAAGAUAAGGAGGUGACCGAGGAUGUGGAGGCGGUGACCAAAGCAAGCGAGGGGGAACCAGCCCAAGAAGAAAAUACUGAGAACGAAGAGGUUAAGGAGGAAGCGGGUAUGCCGGAGGAGCAGGGGAACCAGAACGAGGAGGAGGGGGAAGAAGGCUUUGAAGUUGGAGAGGAUGAAGAUGAAGAGGGAUACGUGGUGCACGAUGAAAUUGAUGAAGAGGAUGGAGCGGAGGUGUGUGAUGCUGUUGUGGAGGAAGAUGAUCACAAAGAACUGUUAGAGUAA